GCACCAAGUUCAAAGCCUUUUUUCUUCUCCUGAUAAAAUAAAAUGGCCGAGUUUGUACAGAAGAACAAAAACUAGUGCAGUGCUAAUAAAUUUAUUUUUUUUUUUGGUAGAAAAACUAAACAAUUUACUCAAGUUUUCCAAUCAAAAACAUUAAAAAUCUUCAAAGUAUCUAAAUUAUUAUAAAUUUAUCAUCAAUAAAUGAAAUUUGCAUAAGAAAAUCAACCUAUUUUCUCUGCAACAAAAAAAAAAGUGUAGUGAAGAAAAAAAUUAUUAUAUAGUCUUAACAUAUAUGUAUUUAUUAUAUAUAUACGUAUAAUAGAAUUGCAAAUUUAUAGACACAUACAAAAAAAAAAAACAUUUUUAAAAUAUUUUAUAGUGGAAUUUCUCUAAAAAAAUAAUAAUUUAUUGUAAAAAAUUUUAUGUAUAUUUGUUGCAUUAUUUCCAUCACUUUAAUGUAAGUUAUGUCCGGUGAAGGUGAUUCCGGUGAUAGCAGUGAUUACAGUGCAAAACCGUCAACCUCAUCCGCCAAUAGCAGCAGGCGCAUAACACGUAGAAAUGCUGCUUCCACAUCUGCAUCAUGUUCUUCCUCGUCAACAACUCGAGGAAAUGUUAAUGCAGGAAGCGGCUUAAAUGGCACCAACAACAAGAAGAAGCGCCGAAUUGUUAUGCGAAUUGAAUUCGAUGACGAUUCAGAUGAAAGCAGCAGCUCCGCCAGUAGUGGCAGCAGCAACGGCAGCGGCAUGAGUGAUGAUGCCAUUAAUAAUAAGCAAAUCAGCAAAUCUAGAAAAAUAAAUAAUUCCAUUAGCGACAGCGAUGACGAUGAGAUUAAACCAUCGGCAUCAUCUAACAGAAGAGUGCGAGGUAAACUUGGUAAAAAAUCAAAUUUCGUCUUUAACAGUGAUGAUGAUGAUGAUGAUGAGAGCGGUGAAGAUAAUGUGCCGGUUGGCGGCAUUCGCCGCCGCAGUCGACGCAAUCGGCAAAUACUGGAAGAUGACGACGACGCCGCCGAGGAGCAUGGCGAAGGGGGCUCCACUAAUUGCAGAGAGAAUUCGCGAACUGUUAAAAAUAUGAAAAAAUCGAAUGGACCACCAAACGAAAUACCAACAUCUUCUACAUCACAACAACUUGAGGAAGAGAACGGCUUUAAUUCGGACAGCAGUAGUAAUGAGCUGCUCGAAAAGUGCCCCAUAUGUUUGUUGUCCUUCCGUACUCAAGAAAUCGGGUCGCCGGCAACUUGUCAGCAUAUCUUUUGCGCUAACUGCAUUGAAGCGUGGUCGAAAAAUGUGCAAACGUGUCCAAUCGAUCGUAUCGAAUUCGAUCGCAUUGUCGUUCGGGAAUCUUACGAGAAUCGCGCGGUAGUUCGUGAAAUUAAAGUAUGCGGGGCGGAUUGUGCCGAAAAGUUGAACAAUAGCGAUGAAGACGUUACUCAUUGUGAAGUGUGCAAUAGACCAGAUCGCGAAGAUGUGAUGCUCCUGUGUGAUAGUUGCAAUCAAGGCUAUCAUAUUGAUUGUCUAACACCAGCGUUAUCUGAAAUCCCAGAAGGAUCGUGGUAUUGUGAUAAUUGCUUUGACUCGGAAAAUGAAUCUGACAUGGCAGAUGAUUUAACUGAACUGUAUGCAGAUAUCCGGGAUAUGGGUAUUCCAGAGACAAGAUUGCGGGUUACUGAAGUGCAUCAACCACGUAUAUUACGUACACGUCAAAAUGAAAGAAUUCGGGCGGCUAUUCUUUCGCGAACUCGAGCUAGCACCAGAAAUCAAAAUGUAGCUGCAGCGCCAUCAACAAGUAGAUCGGCAUCAACAUCAUCUCGUACUACAAGAACCGUUCGCAAUAGUUCAAGAACAACGGCAAGAGUUCCGAAGACUCGUAGGCGUCGUCGUCGUCGUGCUCGCCAAAGAACAUACGUAGUUGAAUACGAUUUGAAUAAUUAUGACGAGAAAUUCGCAAUAAAGACAACUAAACGAGUUAUUAAGCGAAGACGUCGAAAGCGUACACGAAGAACAGCGCUAAGUCAAAGACAGGCAGAAAUUCUUUGCGGAGAAAGACGGACGGCCAGUAAACGUCUCGCUGAGCAAUUGGGCGUCAAAUCUACGGAUCGGGAUGCGCGUGCAGCAGCUUCUACACAAAAUUUCUCGCUUUUUGGCAAUUCAAAUGACCUUGAAUACUUCUCGGACAGUGAUGAUGGAGGGAUUGAAAAUCAGAUCGAGAUCAGCACUGGUGGAGGAGGUUCAACUGCUGUGCAAACUUCAGUGAGAAUAUCAAAUUUCCGAAGUCAUCGUGGAAAAAAGGGACUGCUUUCGAGAUUGGAACGUGAACCACCAUCAAGCACUCCAGAUCUUCUUUCGAACAUCAUGGACUUACAGGACCGUUGGCACAAUGCCAGUCGGCAUAUGGACGCAGUGAGGAUUGGCCAAGAUGGUUCAUUGAACCUCCCACCUCCAUCAGCGGCUGGUGGACCGGGACUUACUGUAGGAAAUACACCCGUUUCUUUAAAUCCAGCGCCAACACCAGCAACAACACAACCAUCUAAUAUUGAAAUCACCCAAGCCCCAAUGUAUCCCCGCGGUGGAGGAAAUAAUCGUAAUUUCAAUUCUGGAGGUGGUGGAGGAGCAGGAGGCAAUAGUGGAGGCGGCGGCAACUACAAUAAUAAUCGUUACAACAAUCAAUCGAAUUAUAGGGGUGGAUCAGGAGGAGGAAGUGGAGGCGGAGGAGGUGGUGGUGGCAAUUAUCGCAACAAUUAUGGUUCAAAUAGCGGAAAUAGUGGAAGCGGAUUAUCCGGAGCGGGAAAUCUGUUCAAUAUGGUUGGUAGAGGAAAUUUUUCGUUCAGCAGCCAAAAUCAAAAUGACAACAAUUCAAACAAUAACAAUCCCAACAACAACAAUCCGAAUAAUCGAGAUCGAUUUAACCAACGCAAUAAUAAUAACAACAACAACAGAAAUAACCAACGAAACUCCCUUCCUCUCUUCAACAAUACCAAUAACCAGUCUAACGACAAUUUGAUUACAAUAAAUCAAUCGCCCCUUCAACACCAUCGGCAGCAAAAUCUACCAAAUAUGCCCACUCAGAAUUCACAGAAUAAUAUUCCACCACUCGUUCCUCAAUUCCCCAAUCACCAGCAGCAGCAGCAAAAUUUGGGUAUGGGUACAGCAUCUAUUUUGCAACCGCCACCGGUGUUUCCAUUGCCACCACCUCAACCACUUUUUGGGCCACACAAUCAACCCAUGCUAAAUCAACCGCCUCCAAUGCUAUCAAUGCCACCGCAGAUUCCGCAUGUCGCACCUGUGAUACCGCCAUUAAUGGCAAAUCCCGUAUCUGCGCCACCACUACCAGCUCCACCGGCUUUCAAUAACUCUCUAUUUCAAUUGACUGCAGACUAUGAUGACGAUGAUGAUGAUUCAAAUUGUCCAAACUUUUCAGUGUAUUCUAUGGAAUCACUGCAAGUUGCUAAAUCUGAUGUCAGAACUGCAGCUGAGUCCAAAGGCGAAACGCCAAAGGAAGACGAUGAAAAUGAAGAUUUAGUGCAAAUGAGUGAUGAUGAUGAAGCUAUAAGCACUAAUAAAGAUACAGAUGGAAAUGAAAUACCAUUGCCACCACCCCAACCAACAAAUAUAAAAUCCUCUGACGCGUCAGAACAAAUAGACACUUCCGAACUGUAUGAACCAGAUCAGCCAACAUAUGAAUCAGAUGAUGAAAAUGAAUCGAAUACUCCUAUGGCAGAAACUAAUGCCUCUGUUGACGAUGAAGAAAAUAAAGAUGAUUGUAAUAAUGACAUCGAGUCACAACCAUCACCAUCACCAGAAAAUGAUAUGGAAAUUGAAAGUCAAGAUUCGACAACUGAGAAAAAAGUUGUCUCUGAAACAAGUCAAGUUGAUGAUGAAAAUGAAGAGCCAGAAGGAGAACAAUGCAUUGACGAGGUGGCAAGCCUAUCCGAAAUAACAUUACCCGAAGGCGAGUUAAAAAAAACGAAACGUUCAACUUCACGCAAAGGUGUUCUUGAAUUAUAUGACGACAGUGAUUGGGAAGAACUAAAUAUGGAAAGACCGAAUGUUGAUGAUUAUCAAAUUAGAACUCCACCAUUGGAUGAAAAAACAUCGGAAAAGAAUGAAGAAAUUCAUGACGACAAAGAAGACGAAGAAGAGAAUAUGACGCCCGAGCAACCCAGACCUAGUUCAUCUUUGGCUGAAGAGGCCAUCGUCACUGGAGACGAGAAAAUCAGUGAAGGAAAAGAAAAUGAAAAAGAUGAAAAUGAAGAUGAUGAAGAUAAAGAACAAGAUCGUUCGUACACUCCUUGUUUAGAUGAAAAGAACGAAGAAGAAAAUGAUGGAGCAUGUACGCCAGAACUUGCUGGUCCAUUAACAAUGGCUGACAACCCGGAAGAUGGAUCCCAUACACCGGAUCAAGCAGUGGCAAUAACAGAUCCAGCAGGAAUAGCUGGAAUGGAAACAGAGCUUAUUUCUGAAGAUGAUGACUCUGAUAAGCGUGAUAAAAACAGACGCGGUAAAAGCACAAAAGAUAAAGAACAAUUCAAGAAGGUUAGCAAAAAUCAAAAAGAUCGCAAUUAUCGUACUGAAAAAGCAUUAAGCAGUAGGCGAAGAAGAUCAAGAAGUCGUCGUAAACGUUCCCGUUCCCGUAGCCGGACAAAUGACAAAGAAAAUUUUGGAGGAAUGUUCCGCAGGGGGGGAGGUGCUCAGAGAGGUGGUCGCUUUAAGCGCCGUGAGAUUCCACGUUAUAAUGUUCGAAACGUUGUUAACAAUCAGAGAAACUUCAAAGAUCGAUAUGGGCGAGAUACAUCGCGUCCGGCACGUUCUACAAGCAGGACACGUCGUCGACGUACAUUUUCUAGGUCAGUUUCUGGGUCAAGUUCAGGUGGGCCGUCACCGACGAAACGACCACGACGAAGCUUCAGCAUGUCACCCACGCCUCCAAGGCAUGUCGUACAACGGCGUCAGACAUUGAGUCCACGUAGAAGAUCACGUUCUCCAAUUCGUAGGUCACCUAUUCGUCGUCAGUCCCGCACACCGUUGCGAAUUCGUUCACGUUCUAAUACCCCGCCUCGUCGGAACAAGCAUAAAAAUAAAAAAACUAAACGUUCGGUUACACCAGUCAACAGAACACGUUCCUUAUCAAGAUUCACACCGCGAAUGAGUCGAUCUAGAACACCACCGCGACAUAAGCCAGUCAAAAGACCAAAAGAUCGUAACAAGAAAAAGAAAAAGAAGCGUCAGCCAUCACCAAGUCCACAAUUAUCUCCUUGGGCAAGGGAACCUUCGGGACACAGAGAAUCGCCGCCUCCGACAAAACGCAAGCGCCAUCAUACACCUAAGGAUAAAUCUCCGGUGGUCGAUCAGGGUUGGUCACCCUCACCAAGUCCACCUCGAACUUAUUUGCAUGAAAAUAUGUCGUGGACGCCACCUUUAGCUUCACCGGCAGGUCCAAGUCGUCUGCAUCGCGACGAACAAUAUAAUGAGUUCCCAAUAACCUCCAAGCCACCUAAAGAGAAGAAAAAACGAGAUAAAAAGAAAAAGAAGAAUGAGAAAAGACGCCAAGAUACUGCGCGUAAGGAAAAACGUCGUCGAGAACCAGGUGUUCUAAGUCAAGCGGCGCCUUCUAAGGAAGUUUUUGCUUCAGGCAGUAACAUUCUGGUGAGUGUGAGUUUUAAUAAGGACGGUACUCAGCCCCAGCAGCAUACCGUUGUUACUCUUCCACCAACGCGUGAAGAAGUCAUUGCAGGCAUGAGAGGUCGUUCCAAAGAACGCCAGGUAGAACAACAAGGAAAGAAAAAAAGAAGAAAAGAUGCUCGUAAACGCAAAAAGAUUGACACCAAACCCAUCGCCAUUAUUGAUCUUGAAAGGUCACCCUUCCAGGUGACGCAGGAGCCUACAGAUGUGAUAAUUCUCACAGAUAGCGAAGGUAAUGGGCGAGAUGAUGAUGAAAAUCUAAAUGUAAGUCGUGAAUCUGGAAACGCAAUGAUGACAGAAAUGGACCAUCACGAAACCUCACCCCACAGAACAGCAAAUAUUGACAAGACUCCACCACUGGACCGACUGCAGACCAUUAUGGAAGAGUCUUAUGCAAAUGCUAUUAUGCAACAAGGUCCAAAGACUCCCCCAGAACCACAAAGUGGUAUCAAAUUUAAUCUUAUCAACAAGAAACAGAAGCAAAUUCGAAAUGUACUACACGAUGCAGCCGAAAUAGAGUCGGACGAAAACCACGAGCAAGAUCGACCAGAAGAUAGAGAUCAAAUGCAACAGAGUGCAAAUAAAAUAGGACCAAACACACCACCAGAAUCUGGGCCAUGUUCGCCUGAUGUAUACGAUCCAUUCGAUCCAACAAAAUCGCCGUCUAUGUCCCCGCGAUCACCAACACCACCGCUUGACGUGUCCCAUCACGAGUCAAUUCCUGACAAUGACAAACAUUCGGCGGAAGAAUUACGCUCAGAGACACGUAUGACUGCCUCGUCUGGUGGCCCUGUUGCCCCUGAAAAGAAUACUUUGAAUCCAGUUGAUUUAGUUAUGGCCCUUAUGAAUACCAAAACCAACAACUCGCAAGAUUUGGCCAAUAAAUCCAAUGAAUCCCAGUAUAGUUCUAAUCAAGUUGUAAACCUAAUCGAUGAGAAUGAACAACCUGAGGAAAACACCUCUAAUCUAGGAAUAACAGUUCUUUCAAAUGUAAUCUUAUCAAGUGGGAAAAAUCAGCAUAUACCCAUUAUCUCAAGUCCCCCGUUAUCAAAGACUUCCUCUAAUAAACCACCACAGAAAGUCACAAAUAUUUUGAGCAAUCUUCCUGGUCUAGGUAAUCGUCACAAUGGUGACGCAGAUGAAAUUGAAAGUCCCUAUUCACCAGGCUCGGCAGAUUAUGAAGAUCUGUUUGAACCACCACCAGACACAAAUGGAGGUACGAAGAGGCGACGUAAUGAUAAACGUGGUGUUAAAAAAGGUGGGGAUGUUUUUGAAAAUUUAUUUGGCUCAUCACCACAUCAGUAUGUAAGGAAUUCAAAUGCUAGAAAACACAAAGCAGCAGCCCCUGCGGCAAAGAAUAAGCACAAGAUGAUUGUGAAAGUUCAAAAACUACCGAAUGAAGAUCAUGUGAAAGUUUACGAUGAUCUGCCCAAUUCUGCAGUGGAAUUACAGGUCAAGGACAAGGUAAGCUUUUUGCGUAAAUUGAAUCGUCAAGAGCGAGUUGUUGAAGAAGUCAAAAUGAUUCUCAAGCCAAGGUUCAAUAAGAAACAAAUCACCAAGGAUGACUACAAAGAAAUAAUGCGUCGUGCUGUGCCUAAGAUUUGUCACAGUAAAUCCGGUGAAAUCAAUCCCAAGAAAAUUCAAAACUUGAUUGAGGCAUAUGUCAAGAAAUUCCGACAGAAGCAUAGGAAGCUCAACAUCCCAAAUACAGGUCAAGUUAGCAGUGCCGUUAAGUGUGCGGCUUAUUUGAAAAAGUUAUAAAUUGGCCUUAUGGUCGAUUUAUAGAAAAAACGGUUUUUAUUGGAAAAUAUAUAACUUUAAUUUUCGAAGAGUUAAAUUUUAUCGAAAGAAAAGAUGUUGUAUUUCCAAAUUUGGUGAAGACCGUAAGAAAAAAUUAACUUCGCCCAAAAUUUAAGAAAACAAUAUUAUGAUAUUUAAUAUUUUAUAAUUGGUCUAAGAUUUGCACUUUGUAUUUCUAGUUUGAUAAGAACAUUCUCGCAAAAAAAAAUAUUGUUAGAGAUAAAUUGUAUUCAUUUAAUUAAAAUCUAAUUUAUUAUUUUUCUUUUCUGAUUUGAUUUUUGCAUCCAUAUCCUCUCCGGAUAGCAUGAUCAGAAUAGCUAAUAUUUAUAAACAAAAAAAAAUUGGUAUAGCUAUAAAAUUGGUGUUUGUGUUUUAUGAAUUAAAUUAGAAAUAGAAAUUUAA